UGUCAAAUUCAAAUUUCGAAUAACCCGAUUGGUUCCGGAAAAUGCCGAGUGAUUACGAGUCGGAUCCCGCAGUGAGCAAUUUACGGAAUUACCUGAGGAUCCGUAGUGUUCAUCCCAACGUUAAUUAUGAUGAAUGCCUUACCUACCUCCGCGGGCAGGCCACGGAGAUGGGUCUAUCAGUACAGGUGCACGAGCCUGUACCCAAGAAGCCAGUCCUCGUGAUGACGUGGGAAGGCACAGAGCCGACACUACCGUCCAUCCUGCUGAACUCGCAUAUGGAUGUCGUGCCAGUGUUUGAGAAAAGCUGGACAUACCCUCCAUUCGAGGCUCACUUGAAGGAUGGGCUGAUCUACGGCCGAGGAGUCCAGGACAUGAAGUCCGUGGCCAUCCAGUACAUCGAAGCGGUGAAGAGGAUGAAGGCUAAGGGUAUAAGGCUGAAGAGGACUCUUCAUCUUUCUUUUGUGCCAGAUGAGGAGAUUGGCGGAACCCUGGGUAUGGGGGAGUUCGUGAAAACAGAUGCGUUUAAGAAUCUGAACGUUGGCUUCGCACUGGAUGAGGGCAUAGCCAGCCCUACAGAGGAAUUCUUGAUCUUCAACGGCGAGAGGACUAUUUGGCACAUGGACAUCAUCUGCCCCGGCAAGUCGGGACACGGCUCUCUGUUGCUACCUGAUAACAGUGGCGAAAAGCUAAGGUAUAUGAUAGAUAAAUUCAUGGAUCUACGUCAGGAGUCGAAGAAGAAGCUGGCUGAUAACCCAGAAUUGACCAUCGGAGAUGUUACAACUGUCAACCUCACCAUGUUAUCAGGCGGAAUUCAGAACAACGUGGUGCCUGAAAAGUUGACCGCAAGCUUCGACAUACGCAUCGCUCUGUCUGUCGACCAGAAACAAUUUGAAAACGAGAUACGUCGCUGGUGUGCCGAGGCUGGUGACGGGGUGACGUUUGAGUAUAAACAGAAGGAUCCCUACGUGGCGCCGACCACACAAACCAAUGCUUACUGGCUCGCUUUUAAAGCUGCUGCUGAUCAACUAAAAAUCAAGUUAAAAUGCUGCACGUUCCCGGGUGGGACUGACAGCCGGUAUUUACGAGAACUCGGUAUCCCUGCGCUCGGGUUCUCGCCGAUGUCCAAAACUGUGCCCGGAUUACACGAACACAACGAGAGUCUAAGGGCUGAGACUUACUUGAGGGGCAUCAGUAUCUAUGAGACUCUUAUACCUGCUGUUGCUAAUGUAUGAACUGACUAAGACUACAAAUAAGACAUGAAAAAUAAAGUUCUUUAAUACUAAA